AUGUUGCGCAACUGGGUUUCUACGAUAUGGGCUCUUGUCCUGAUGGUGUCCGUUGCCCAGGCCCAGUUCAACUUCUUCGAACACAUGUUCGGCGGCAACCAGCAGCAGCAACAGCAUCAGCAGGGUUCUCAGAACGUGCCCAGCGACAGCGGUCGGUAUCAGAGCAUGUGGCGCCAGGCGCAAUGCAGCGACUAUCUUUGCCCCGGAACCCUCGCGUGCGUCAGCGUCCCACAUCACUGCCCAUGCGCACACCCCGAUGUUGAAGAAAAGGUCGAGCUCGGAGAAGGUAGCGCAAUCUGCGUAUCGAAGGGAGGGUUCAAGGCUGGGGAGGCGACCCGAAAGAUUGAGCUGGCCCGCAAGGGUCUCCUGUGA